CGCAACGCCCGUAGCCCUCUCUCCGCGACUGAACAAGAAAACUCAUCGGAACCCUAAUUUGAACCCCCAAUCGCUCUAGUUGUAAUCACCGGAGAUCAGCGAAAAUGGUGCUCGCGCAGUUAGGGGGUACCAUCACGCGUGCUCUUCAGCAGAUGAGCAAUGCGACCAUCAUCGACGAGAAGGUGCUGAAUGAUUGCCUCAACGAGAUCACGCGAGCUCUCCUCCAAGCCGAUGUGCAGUUCAAGCUCGUCGCCGAUAUGAAGAACAACAUCAAGAGGAUCGUCAACCUCGAUGAUCUCGCCGCUGGCCACAAUAAGCGCAGAAUAAUCCAACAGCGAAUUGAGGCUAUUUCUGAACUUUUGCUCUUGGUUUUUUUCCUCGUCUGUGAGAGAAAGGAUAGAGGUAUUGACAUAUACUUGAUUCCAGGUGCUGGGAAAACGACUACAUGUACAAAAUAUGCAUAUUACCAUCAGAAGAAGGGUUGGAAGCCUGCUCUGGUCUGUGCAGAUACAUUUAGAGCUGGUGCUUUUGACCAAUUGAAGCAGAAUGCCACUAAAGCUAAAAUUCCUUUUUACGGCAGCUACACGGAGUCUGAUCCUGUAAGAAUUGCAGUGGAAGGUGUUGAGAGGUUUAAGAAAGAAAAUUGUGACCUUAUAAUUGUAGAUACUAGUGGACGUCACAAGCAGGAAGCAUCUCUUUUUGAAGAGAUGCGUCAAGUUUCUGAAGCAACGAAACCAGAUCUUGUAAUAUUUGUCAUGGACAGCAGCAUUGGUCAAGCUGCCUUUGAUCAAGCUCAAGCUUUCAAGCAAAGUGUUUCAGUUGGAGCUGUGAUCAUCACCAAGAUGGAUGGGCAUGCUAAGGGAGGUGGUGCUCUUAGUGCCGUUGCAGCCACAAAAAGUCCCGUCAUAUUUAUUGGGACGGGUGAACAUAUGGAUGAGUUUGAAGUAUUUGAUGUCAAACCAUUUGUUAGUCGUCUUUUAGGUAUGGGUGACUGGUCUGGAUUCAUGGACAAAAUUCAAGAAGUUGUUCCUAUGGAUCAACAACCUGAGCUUCUCCAGAAGCUAUCAGAAGGCAACUUUACUUUGAGGAUUAUGUACGAGCAGUUUCAGAAUAUACUCAAAAUGGGCCCUAUUGGUCAGGUUUUCUCCAUGCUUCCAGGUUUUAGCCAAGAGCUGAUGCCUAAAGGACGUGAAAAGGAGAGCCAGGCAAAGAUCAAAAGAUACAUGACAAUGAUGGACUCAAUGACUAAUGAAGGUAAG